AUGGCCUCCUCCGCCCCUUUCAAGCGUCUUGUCCGCUUUGUCCCACGAUCCGAUUCGUCAAAGGUCCUUAUUGGCCAGCCUGAAGACGACAAUGUCGACGUUGGUGUCGCUCUCAAAAAGGGUCAAGAUGUGCCUGUGAGCAUCUUCUCUGGGUCUUCGGUGCUAUCACCAGGACAGGAUACGGGCAAAAGCGCUAUCAUCGACCGAGUUCUGUCCCCUUUAGCUAAGUCCGAGGUCGGCACGAUCCGAUGUAUUGGGUUGAAUUACAAGCAACACGCGGCAGAAGUCAACAUGUCUUUACCUACAGUCCCGACUGUUUUCAUGAAACCCGACACAUCCUUAGGCGAUCCGUGGCCCGCACCGACUAUCCUUCCCACACUAACCCAGCAAGAUGACUGCGGUGACUACGAGUCAGAACUCGCCGUCAUCCUGGGCAAGACUGCCAAGAACGUGUCCGAGAGCGAAGCGCUGGAUUAUGUCCUUGGGUAUACGGCCUGCAACGACGUCUCAAGCCGGACCAGCCAGUUCGCACAGAGUCAGUGGAGUUUCUCUAAGGGUUUCGAUGGCGCGUGCCCGAUCGGGCCGACGCUGGUGUCGCCGUCGGUGAUCCCAGAUCCGUCGAAGCUGCAUGUCCGUGGCAUCAAGAACGGCGACCAGGUGCUGCAGGACUGUGGAACGGAUGAUCUGAUUUUCUCGGUGGCCAAGUUGAUUAGUUUCCUAUCGCAGGGCACGACGCUGCCGGCUGGUACGUUGAUAAUCACCGGGACACCGGCGGGCGUGGGUGUCGGGAAGAAACCCAAGGUUACGCUGCGAGAAGGCGACGAGUUUGCCGUGGAGAUCCUGCCGCAUAUUGGGACAUUGAUUAAUGUUUUUGAGAAUGAGAAAUAG